AUGGCCAAGGGGCCUGAUGAUGUGCCCGGCAGCCCGGGCGGCCGCGCGCCUGCAACAAAGGAGGAUGAUAAGGAGGAGUGCGCGUGGUGCAAGUACAUGAAGGCCGGUGGCUGCCGGGAGCCGUUUGAGGCGUGGCAGGCGUGCGUUGAUGGCGUGAUGGGGAAAGCGAUGGAUGACGAGGCGCGCAAGGCCGCCGUGGACCAGUGCAGCAGCGUGACGCAGCCGCUAUUUGAGUGCAUGAUGCGCCACAGGGAUUACUACGGCGCACAGCUGUCAGGCAUGGGCGGCGGCGGCGGUGGCGGCGGCGGCGGCGGCGGUGGCGGCAGCGGCGGCAGCAGCAGCGGAUCAGAGGACCCGUCAACAGCAGCCUGCAUUGCCAGCAUCAUCAUCAAGGCUAGCCCCAGCGGUGUGAUGGCAGUGGUUGGCGCCGCCUACUGCAUCGGGGGCCGCACGCGCUUGACCGUGGAAACAGGCCGGAUCAGCCCCUGCAGCGAGAACGCCUGGCCUCGGCCCGUGCAGACCUCAUCAGGGGCUGCUGUGUUCUGGCAGGAGGCCCGCGCUUCCAGUGCCCGCCAGAAGCGUGUGCUGCGCGAUCACCGUGGCAAGGCCGUUGCGUGCAUGGGGCUCGUGGUCGGAUGCCUUCGGCCUACCUGGGCGCUGUACCGUGGGGGCCACCUGGACGAGGACAACCGCAUGGCCACCUUUGUGGGCCAGCUCUUCAGCGCCGAGCCAGCCGUGAGCGUUUACCUCCAAGGCUCUUCUAGCGCCAGCACCUUCAAGAUCCGCGGAGAGCUUGGCGCCAGCAGCUUCCAGGUCAGCAUGAAGCUGCCCGACGGCCGCGAGUUGGCCGUUGCGGCGGCCGAGCGGCGCCAGCAGCCGGUGUCGCGUCAAAACAGCCUGGGGGCGUCCUCUGCGAGGCUGUGCACGUACGACGUGCUGGUGGAGUCGGGCAUGGACGCAGCGUUUGUGACGGCGGCCUGCAUCGUGAUCGACAGCAUGUUCAACCAGUCACACAAGUACCAGGAGUAG